GUUUUAGUUAUGUUUUUGAUUUCGCACAGUACAGUUCGUCAUGUUGAGUUAAUGAAAAAAAGUGUAACACAAUUCAAUCCAAAUAGAAUUAGCUGAAUCCCGUUCAAUUGAACAGUUUGAAUCAAAAGUUCGCGAGUGUAGAGAGAAGCACGGAAAUGUUAAUAAACAAAGACACCUUUCCCUACAGAAUGGGAUUAUCGCCGCUUUACUUCUAUCCGUCUUCAUCGGUGAAUGUGUCGAAUGAGCGACUUGGAUAUAUUCCGAUAACCCCGCCGUAUCACAUCCAGUACGAUUACGUCCUUCCGGGAAUGCAAUCACCGAAACAGCCGGCAGCUGCCUCUUCCUCCGUCGCCACACGCGCCGAAAUGAUGGGCGGAGUUGACAGUGGCCAAUCGUCGUUGUAUUUUUACAUGAAUGCAGCAGGAAAGGAGGAAAUUACAUCGGUGCCAUUAUCGCCACCGCACACUCCGCCGCUGCUGUAUGCACCGGACCAAACCGGGAGUGGUGGCCUCGGCGGAGAUGGCAGCAGUGCGGCCAUAAUCGCCAACCAAUAUGGACUGCAGAAACUGCAGCUGGCCGUUGACAGGGUCGAUGCAGACGAGGACGACGAUGACAAUUUUGACGGCAGCGGCGUCGGUAGACUGGAUAAAAAUAACGACGACGAUGGUGCCGACGACGGGGUCCUCUAUCGGGCGCGAAACUCUGUUAUCAUGAAGGUGGAGAACCAGCAAGUGGUUCCGUUGAUCGGCGCCGAGGGCACACGUUCGCUGGAGAGGUUCGUGUGCAAGUGGGAGAACUGCUAUUGCGUUUUCUUCAAACUGGAGGAGCUGGCAAGUCACGUCACGCAAAAGCAUGCGGUCGUUGGACUGGGUGGGUUGUACUAUUGCCGCUGGGAGAAUUGCCUGCGACAGGAUCGGGGAUUCAAUGCACGCUACAAGAUGCUGGUGCAUGUUCGGACCCAUACCAAAGAAAAACCACACCAGUGCGCUAAGUGUGGUAAAUGUUUUUCACGCGCGGAAAACCUGAAAAUUCACCUGCGGUCGCACUCGGGUGAGAAACCGUACGUUUGCCCCAUAGAGGGAUGUAACAAGGCUUACUCCAAUUCUUCGGAUCGCUUCAAGCACACACGUACCCAUUCUAACGAUAAACCAUACGUGUGCAAAGUGCUUGGAUGCCACAAACGGUACACCGAUCCGUCAUCGUUGCGUAAGCAUGUGAAGACCUUCAAACAUAUCAACCUGUUGGUGCCAUUAUCAGCAGAGGGUGAUUAUUAUCACCACCCUCACCUGGUCCCAGCUACGUAUCACCCGCAUCACUAUGGGAGCAGCAAUAGCAACUGCAGCAAUGGCAGCACCGGAAGUCCGGUCAAGAUUGCAAGCGAUAACUCAUACACCGAUGAGAGCCGAGCCUCGAGCACCACGACAACCGCCAGCAGCCCCGAGUUGGACGGCGAAGAUAAUAACGUGCUAAUUGAUGUCGUCAACGUUGACAAGUGUGAUGAAAAAUUAAUCUUCCCUGACUACCACUUGUAUCCUCAUCGAAGGCUAGCGACUCCUCUGCUGGCCACCGAUGGGUCGCUCGAGCCAAACGAUGAUGAUGGAUAUGAGUGCGGGGGCGAUUUUCUCAUUGGCCCGGAACAAAACUAUCGCCGGCGGUACAGCAGCUUUCUCAAGUCGAAUCCUCCCUCAGUGGAAGAACUCGUGCGGCUCGGCAGGGAUGAUGAGGGCUUCCUUCCAACGGCAGUGGAGGACGACGAGCUAUGCAGCGCUAUUCGACGAAUGAACGGCCCUAAAUUGAUGGGAGUGAACGCCAUGAAUGUGGAUGGACCACUCGAUCUCAGCAUACAUCAUCGAUAGUAUACGAGAGCUAUCCCGUUGCUGUGUGGCAUUUGUUUUGUGUUCUUUCGAUAAGCAUAUUUCUGUCAUUCGGAAUCAUUUUUUUAUAGACUUGUCACGAUCGUUUAUGAUCGUUCUGUGACUUUAAAUACUUCUUGUUCUAAAAGAAUUAAGGUGAACUAUUGAGAUUCAAAUCAAAUUCAAUGUGUGAUGUUUGCAAUGUUUGUUAUCAAAGAAAAUAAACAUGAAACCAAU